CCAUAGCCCCCUUUCCUUGUCUGAGUCUUUUCCAGCAUGUGCAACGCUUAGCACAGUCCAUGUGCGCCUUUCCAGCGAGGCAGAGGGCAUGUCAAAGGAGGACAGGUCCUCGGAGAACAAGUCCACCAAAGAUGCCGUGGACGACGUUACCCUUCGAGUGCACCAGACGAUCCAGAAUGCUGGAGCUGAUGCGAGAGGGACCUUGGCCCCUGCACCGCACAACCCGACAAUGCGGGCACUGUUGGAGCGGUACACACAAAGUCACACACUCACCGAGCGCGAUGAAGACGGAGAACAUCCUCUCUUCCCACAGAGUCGCUCUCGUGGACGUGCUGAGCAAAGACCCGGGCACGUUCCAGGUGGAGCAGAUGGGCUGGUGCUGGCCAAGGAGACGCACGCAAGCUCGAGAGAACAGAAUCUCAUUUCUCGGGUCCUUCACAAGAUCGACACGGAGAAGUUGACACAGGUAAAGGAAGUCUUCAUGAAGAUGGACAAUGCUCUCACAAGCAAGGACUUUGUGGAUUUGCUCCUGCCAAAUGUGAGGAGCAUGGAAGGUGGUGAGGAGCAGGUUGUUGCCGCACUGCAGCUCGUGCACGAAAGGAUUGGACAAGGUGUGAAAGGAGAAGAGGAGGAGGAAAAGGAAAUCAAAGAGACGACGCAGGAGGAUGCUGCGAAUCCAGCCUUUAUGACAGAGGCCCAAAUUGAGGAUGAGGCACAGAAGUUGGUCUCUUGGGAAGUCUUCGCGAAGCUACUGCUACAAGAAGGCGUCGUUGAAAAUGUUGUCAGCGGCUUCAACUUGACGCAGGUGCUCAGCGUCAUCGACUUGGAAAAGAUCACACCCUUGCAAGCGAUAUUCGAGCAAAAGGGCGAAGUUGACCUGGAGAACUUCGUGGUCAUCAUGAAAGGGCAAUUCCAACAGGUCUUUGAAUUAAUCGACCUCUUCGAGCUCUAUGAAGAUGAACGCAAAAUCAUCAGCCAACUCGUCAACCUCUUUGAUGCAAUUGAUGUUGAUUGCAACGGAAGCAUGACUUGGGAGGAAUUCACUGCCUUCUUGGUGGAUCAAGGUAUGGCGGAGGAUGUGCCACAACAGUACAACAUCAUCCGUUUCAGCCAGUCUCCUCUGAAAGACGGCAAUGGGCACCAAUCGCACUGUGAGAAGGUUGUUUAUCUCAAAGGCUAUGACAAGAUCGCCUUCGUAGAGCAGGGCAGCAAGUGCUUGAAAUUGUGCAGCCCUGAUAUGCAGCCCUACUUGGACAUCAGAGACUUCACACAGACUCCGCUGUGCGCAGAGUUUGUUGAGAAGUACAACUGGGUGGCAGUUUCCUGCUCCGAUUUGUCCUUGUCAUUCUUUGAUGUGGACAACUCCUUAAAGCUGGUCAGGCGCGUGGAGACCAAAACUGCACAGCUGGUUCUUUGCUGGUGCCAGGCUGCAGAAGUCUUGUUCAGCGCAGACCAUGAGGGAAGGAUAUUGUCGUGGAACAUGCACAAGGUGAAAUUUGGAGCAUUUGAUCCGGAAACGAAUGAAGAGAAGCGAGAUCCGACUUGGCGGGACUUCAUGAAGGAUGAAAUCUUCAAACAAGAUCCGCCGAUGCGACACAUUAGCAUUGAGAUGCAACGUGAGGGAGCGCAGAUCCGCAGAAAGGUGAAGGGCAAGGCCAAGGUUCUCACUGACAGCAGCCAGGAUGACUUCAUGGGAGAUGGCAGGAUGGACUUCGGGCGCGAGGGAAACGAGAACCGGAGAAGAGCACGGGCUAAAGCAAAGGUGACGCCCAGAUACAAUGGAGAGAAUAUCGUCAUGCAGUUGCUUGAGCUUCCAGUGCUUCAACAAAUGGCCUCCUGCGGGGUUGAUGGAAAUGUGAUGACGUGGGACGUCUUCACGGGCAUGAGGAAGCGAACACUUCGGGGCCAUGAGAUGGGUGUCCGGUGCAUGGCCUUUGCGACUUCGACAAAGGUCCUGGUCACGGGUGGUUAUGACUACAAUCUCUUCGUCUGGAACCCCUAUGUGGGUAAGUCCAUCCACACGAUCCAUGGCCACUCAGCUCCCAUUGUGGGCAUAGAAGUGCUUGGAGCCUCUUCAAACCAGGUGGUGAGCGCAGAUUCUGAAGGUUUUGUGAAGACCUGGGAUCUUGGAACCUACCAGAUGAUCCAAUCCUUUGUCGUGGAUGAGAUCACGAUUCUGCGUGCCUUUGUUUCCAUCCCCAGUUCAAAGAGGGUCAUUGCCGUGGAUAGAGAGUUCGUUGCCUUUGACUACCAGAAUACAGGGAUUGCGGACCAAACUGAAGAAGAGCCCCUGAUCAAGGUCUUCUACAAUGAGCGACUGAAGGUUUUUGUGAGUGGUACGAUAAAUGCAGUGAAGAUUUGGGAUGCAGUGACUGGCGCAAUCAAGGUGGUGAUCACGCACAAGGAUGCUGAGAUCACUGAUUUCUGUUUUGAUGACAGGGGGCGAAAGCUCUUCGUGUCAGAUCACCUUGGGAAAAUCCAUGUCUACCAUUCCUCAACUGGCUGUUUGGUGAAGAAGCUCACCAAUCAUGCCAAAGAGGUAUCAGGCAUGAUAUAUUGUCAAGGGGACAAGAAUAUCAUCACUGUGUCUUGGGACCGCUCUAUCAUGGUUCACGAUGAGUCAAACAAGACGGAAGUGGUCCAUCGAAGGGCUACUAAUUCUCACAAGGGCGACAUCACCUGUGUGGCUUACAGUCGCCACUUGGGACUGAUCGCGACUGGAUCUACAGAUUGCGUGAUUGCAGUUCGAGAGUACUUGAAACUCCGAAUUCUGGCAUGCCUUCUCGGUCAUAAAACAGAUGUCACGGCAUUGGCAUUUGUGGAGCCGUAUCCUUUGUUGGUUUCUGCCGAUUUCGGUGGAAACGUGGCAGUCUGGGCUCUGCCGACCAUCUCAGGAAAGGACCACAAGUUUGCCAACAAAGUUCUGACACGCUUUAUCAAUAUGCAGUCCUUGGAGAGCUCUGCUUCGGUAAACUGCCUGGAUCCAGUGUGUACACCAAUCAACGACCAUGAGCACUCCUUCAUGCUGUACACCGGUGAUGAGGACGGAGAAGUGCGAUCUUGGGACUUGUCCGCUCUGUUGCCUGCUGCUGGAAUUCAGAAAUGCCCUCCGAUUCCAGAUGCAGAGUGGGAUCCAUACAAAAGGGUGGAGAACGACGCAUCGCACACAGCAGAGACUGUGGCACGGAAAGCUGCUGAAGUGCCAGAGUUGCAAGCACAAAUGGAUCAGCCGUUGGUGCGGCAAGGCAUUUCCUGGAAAGCUCACAGCGAUAGCCUGCGGACGUUGAAGGUCUACAGCAACCCACCGUGUGUGGUGACCGCUGGUUUCGACGGUAUGGCCAAGAUUUGGACCCGAGAAGGAAAGCUGAUGUCGGUGCUUCGAGCCUACGGGCAGACCAUUUGGGAUUUCCCAGUGGAGGCCACAGACCCCUGUGUACCACUGGAGACACAGAAUUGGUUACUGCAGAAGGUUCAUGAAGCGUCCGAGGAGAAGCCAGUCGAUGGGGCAAGAGAGUCCAUCACCAACGGAUAUCAAAAAGGAACUCAUGGCAACAAGCACUUCGUGUGAGGGCAAAAGGCGGAACAAGGUGUAAGGUGGAUGCUUCUGACCGAGUCUCGAUUUUAAAGGGCAACUCGGGACAUGCAUUUGGUGAAAACAAGCUGUGGCUGUUUCACUCAGCAACGACCAACAUUAUCUGGUACAUAGGACCAGGAGGCUUCCAUGUGUCCGUCUGAAACGAUUGACGGUGCCGUGAAAGAAUCAUGGCUGGGAAGCGCCUGGGCUUGGUGGACCCACGUGGAUCCUGCGAGAGUCCAA